AAAGCUAAUAUCAUAUAAAUGGCAUGCGAGUAUUGACCGACUAUCAAAUUCUGAUCGAUUUUCAGUGAGGACACAUCCACAAAAUAAAAAAAAUGGCUUUUUUGGGCAUUACAUACUCUCUUGACAGAGACGAGAAUUUCGAUAAAUUCGUCGACAGUUUGGAUAUCCCUGAAGAUAAGAAACAGCUAUUGCUUUCUUUUAAACCAUCCCAGUCGAUUAAAAAGGAAGGUGAUGGGUAUGUCUUAAGCACCACAAGCCCUGGUGGUGGCAACAAGGAUUUAAAAUUCCAAGACGGUGUUGAGUUUGACGAGGAAGUUGCUCCAGGCGUCGUUGCAAAAUCUACUUUCAAAGUUGAAGGCAAUGUCGUAACCCAAGUUCAAAACCUUGGUGAUCUUGUCCUCACCUACAAGAGGGAAUAUUCUAACGAUCAACUCGUCGUGGUUCUUACAUCCAGCAAAUGGGACGGAGUCGCACGGAGAUACUACAAAUCGGUCUAAAUGUAUUUAAAGCCAACUAGUUGUAACUCCGCAGCACAUGUUUAUUUAUAUUAAAUGGUAUAAUCCCUA